AACCAGCACCUCCGGUUCUUUAGGCUUGGGGGUUACGAAUAAGACACUUAUAAUACCAAAGCCCUCAUCUCCAAAAAAGGCAUAUCAUUCGAUCCGAUUCGAGAAUGCAUGGGUCGCCGCAAAGGCUUCGGUGGUGGAGGACGCAAAUCAUAUUCAACUGGGGCUAAAUUUCGAUCUUCACCAUUGUUUAAUAAGAAAUCUAAGCCUGCCAAAGAUGAAAAAGAUGAAAAAGCGCCUCCUCCUGCUAAAGUUGUGACGCUUCCUGUUGAAUCUAGGCGUGAAAGUUUUUUUUCAUCCAUAGCUGAUGGGUUUCAUUGGGGAGCUGGAAAUGCGAUGGGACACAGAUUCGUUGAAGCCAUUUUUGGUCCUAGAACCAUCAAAACAGAAGUUGUUUUACAGAGAAAGUUGAAGUAGCUGCUGUCUCUGCCAUUGAUGAUAACGAUAAAUUCAAGGAUUACACUGAAUCAUGUAGCAUAAGCUAUAAAGCAUUUGAAGAAUGCUUGAAUGCGGAAGGAAAUAAACUAAGCAAAUGUCACAUCUUCAUGGAUUCGCUGUUCGAGUGCAGGAAGAAUUCUAGUUCCUUCAACUUCUAAGUUCUUGGACUUUUAUAGUUUUUCCUUUUUCUGGUUUGUGUGACCCAAUAAAUCAAGAUUUUAAAACUCUUGUGGUAGUUUUCUUUGUUGAUUUAACCACCAAGUCUAAGAAUUAUCGUAUGUCUUGGAUAAAAUAAAGUCAUUUAGUUUUGUGUUUGGCUAGAA